AUGUCCCCUCCUGCUCUAGCGCCAGCCGCUCUAGGCUCGGCUGGAAAAGAAUACAAAAGGGAGUCUGGUACUGCUAGAUUGCUCGGAUCAGGUUCUGCUGGUGUGGCCGAGCUUCUUGUUUUUCACCCUGUCGAUACGAUUGCGAAACGGUUAAUGAGUAACUCGACCAAAGUAUCGAAUGUAUCUGCCUUAAACACUGUCAUUUUCAGGGACUAUGCCUCAGCUCCGGUCUUCUCGAAAUUCACCUCCCUCUUCCCUGGUCUCGGUUACGCCGCUGGUUACAAAGUCCUGCAGAGAAUAUACAAAUACGGAGGACAGCCUUUCGUGCGAGACUACCUAACACAGCACCACGCAUCCGACUUUGACAAGGCCUUCGGCAAGGGAACAGGCAAAGCAAUCCUCAACGCGACCGCAGGUUCGCUGAUUGGUAUCGGUGAAAUUGUGCUCCUCCCCCUCGACGUGCUCAAGAUCAAGCGGCAAACCAACCCCGAGGCGUUCCGCUCGCGAGGAUUCCUCCGCAUCGUUGCAGACGAGGGUAUGGGCUUAUACCGUGGAGCGGGCUGGACUGCAGCACGAAAUGCUCCCGGAUCAUUUGCCCUGUUCGGUGGCUCGGCCUGGGCAAAGGAAAAACUGUUCAAGCUUGAGGACUACAACAAGGCUACAUGGGGUCAGAACUUUGUCGCCUCCGUAGCAGGCGCGUCGGCCAGUUUGAUUGUUUCGGCACCCCUCGAUGUGAUCAAGACUCGUAUCCAAAACCGAAACUUCGACAACCCCGAAUCUGGAUUCCGAAUCGUCGCCAGCAUGAUGAAGAACGAAGGUCCAACUAGUUUCUUCAAGGGAUUGGUGCCCAAGAUGCUCAUGACCGGACCUAAGUUGGUCUUCAGUUUCUGGCUGGCACAGACAUUGAUCCCGGCCUUCGGCAAGGUCGUCUAG